ACUGGAAAUAUGGCCCGAUUCACCUUACUGGUAGCACUCUUCGUUGGAGUCGUGUGUUUGCUCGACCAUACACGGGCCCUGGCACAUCCUAUCAAUGCUCCGGUGCCUGGUGAUGCAUCACAAAUGCCAAAGUUCCCCGGACCGGAAGACAUCCCAAAGCCACCCGGAAUGCUGCAUAGUCGACUGGUUCGCCAAAUACCUUCAGAAAUUCCCGACCAAGAUAAAUUUCCUCCGCCACCAUCACCGCCGCCGCAAAUGCCACAGACGAGAUCCCGUCGCAGCUCUAGGACAUCAAUCGAAAUGGCACAUUCCUCUCUACCGGCAUACGACACCACCAAGUCAUUGGGUGCACGCGAAAAACGGUCCCCCAAGGGCACUGGAGGGAAGCUUCCCAGCAAGUCUGGAUAGGCAUCGGGGCGGCAUCACGUGUCGCAACUUGAUUUUAUCUAGUUCAGUUUAGCUACUGCUUUCCCGUUUACUUCCUACGCAUAAUAUAAGGGGUGCAACAACGAGCAUUCAUAUGUACUACAAUAAAAUAUACAAACAUGCAAGCAAACUGAACUAUAUAUUGUUUAUGGGCACUUCUGACCACAUGCUUCAAUUUUAACGUGAAAUAGAUGCAAGAA